UACAAGCUUGUACUAAGCCAGACAGAAACUUACAUUGAAAUAAAUCGGUCUCGCUAGUGUCACGCACGAGCCAGAAAUUCCCGCCAAAACAUCCGCUCGGCCAAUCAGAGGCCUACAAACACGGUGUUGCAUCCAAAAGGAAAGUUUUUGCGGAAACGGGAACCUUUAAGUUUGCCACUUUCUAUCCCCGUUGUAAUUUGCUUACUCAGAGGCUCUACUAUAAUUUAUUUCAAGCCCCUGUUUGUUGAUCUCAGGCCAUCAAUAGGAAGAAACUCGGUAAAUUUAAAUAAUUCCCUCCUAAGUGGUGGUUAUCAAAUUUUCAUAACUUCACGAUAAGUUCGUGCAACUUUUUUAUGUACAACAGUAGUGUAAAAUAACUGAUUAUACCAUUGGGUACAUGGGCAAAUAUGAUCAAAUAUCUCAUAUUUGUUCUCCACUCCAAUAUUCUGGUUUAUAUGUAAUUCUUAUUGGGGCUUCAAAAGUCAGACAGAAAAAGUAUUUAUUUUCUAAUCAAAAAUCAAGUAGACGCUCUGCCUUUUGCAUUAUUAAUAACUUUUAAUUGAAUAAAACAAUGACAGAGAAAGUGUUUUACUCAUCUCUAGGUGACGUCAAACAAAUAAAAUAAUCCUCACACAUCAGGUGCGAAUAGUAACCAUAGUUAUCCGGACAAACAUCAAUUCUCAGCUUUUCUGAUAUGUGAGACGUGUAGGCGAUGGCGGAGCAAGACUUCAAAGUAGUCCUUCUCACUCUGUCUGCAAUUAUCAUCCUCCAGACAGGCGACAGCUGCAAGAUUGUCAGGUGGUAUCCAGCAUCCAAUGAGACUUGGCUUUUGAACCACGUGUUCAAAAACCUCACGAGAAGGAAUGAGGGGGCGUGUCACGCUGCCUGCUUGAUGAAUGACAGCUGCCGAUCAUAUAAUUUUGGUCACCAACUUCAACUCUGUCAGCUCAGCAACUCUGAUCACGUGGAACAUCCGGGGGACCUGGUACCGAAAGAGAAUUUCAUGUACCGUGGAACCAUGAACGCGUGCGCGACUGGGAUCUGUCCCGCGGGCUCACUCUGUCAAGCGGAUUUCGCCAACAACUCGUACACAUGCGUAUGCCCUGCUGACAACCCAUACUGCCUUGCGCGAAUGAACACGUCAUUCCAUCGUUGUCACGCAUUCAAUACAUCAUCAGACGGUGUCAUACAACUCGAAGCAACUCAUUCAUCCUGGCGAGCGGACGGCUUCUGCAGAGUAGACUUCACGCCUACGAGCAUCGUCACUGGUCAGCAGUAUAACAUCGCCGUUGACCUGCGCGCUAGGCAUGUCUCCCAUGACACAACUCGAGGUGUACAUCCGGGAGUUGCGUUUAAUAUGGUUGACGGCGACAACUUCGACUUCGUGUACUUCAGGUAUGAAGUGGAGCCUUUGGAUACGGACCUUGAAAUUUUCCCGUAGUAUUACGCGAACUUCCUGCACACAAUUAUUUUCUGGUUUCCUUCGCCCAUAUUUCAUCCUGUUAACUUGAAUUCUAUUGUCGACUCUCGCCUUGAAGGACACCCCAAUAAUAUGGACACCUCGUUAUCACGGACAUCCCAAUAUUAUGGACACCUUGUUAUCACGAACAUCCCAAUAUUUUGGACACCUUGUUAUCACGGACAUCCGAAUAUAAGAUGCACCUCUUUAUCACGGACAUCCCAUUAAAGAAACACCUU